AUGACCGCCUCAAAGCCGGAUUCCUUUCAGAACUGCAUGUACACCUGGAAUCCACUCACACUCCUAGAACUGGCGGGAAAGAGCCUGCUGAGGAACGAGGGCUUGGCAAUCGCGGCUCUGGAGACCCUGCCUGCGGAACUCUUCCCUCCACUGUUCAUGGAGGCCUACGAUAGUAGGUGCAAUGAGACCUUGAAGGCGGUGGUGCAGGCCUGGCCCUUUGCCCGCCUCCCUCUGGGGGGCCUGGCACGGAUACCUAACCAGAAGGUCUUAAAAGCUGUGCUUGGAGGGCUUGACCUCCUGCUUGCCCAGAAAGUUCGUCCCAGGCGGUGGAAGCUGCGGGUGCUGCACUUACGGAAUGCCAGUCAGAACUUCUGGGGCAUGUGGUCUGCAGCCACGGCCCAAGAGUGUCUGCGGGUGAGACCAGUGGCCGAACACUGCUGCAGGAUGGAGGAGCCCUCGCGUGCCUUGACAGUCUGCAUAGACCUUUGUCUCAGAAAGAAGACCCUGGACGAAGUCUUCACUUACCUCCUAAUGUGGGCCGCACGGAGAAGAAGAUCAGUCCCCCUGUGCUGUAAGAUGCUGAAGAUUUUCUGGAUGACCCCGUGACAUGUUAAGAAGGUUCUGAAUAAGGUGCAGCUGGGCUGCAUUCUGGAGUUGGAGGUGAAGGACACGAAGAUGAAGUCCACCCUGAGCAUGUUCGCUCCGUACCUGGGCCAAAUGACUCAUCCGCAGACGCUCGUCCACCCUUUUAUCAAAGUGCCCGUCUGCGAGGAGGAAAAGCAGCAUGUUGCCCAGUUCACCUCCCAGCUCCUCAAGAUGCAUCACCUACGGAAGCUCCACAUACCACCUUCGAUCUUCCUGGAGGACUGCCUGGAUGAGACACUCAGGUGCCUGAAGGCCCCCUUGGAGACGCUCUCCAUAACUUACAGCCAGCUUACAGAAUGGGACCUGGUGUGCCUGUCUCAGUGCCCGAGCAUCACUCAGCUAAAGGAGCUGGGUCUGAGAGGUGUCAGGCUGACCUCUGUUCAUAUGAAGCCCCUGCAAGUCCUGCUGGAGACUGUGGCAGCCACCCUCCAGACCCUGAAUUUGGAACACUGUGACCUCUUGGACACCCAUCUGGAGGCUAUCCUGCCAGCUUUGAGCCACUGCUACCAGCUCCGGUCUUUAAAUAUCUCCUGGAACUUUCUCUCUAUGGCCGUUGUGCAGCAGCUGCUGCACCACAACCCCAAGAUGGAUCACCUGAGCCUGGUGGUAUAUCCUUACCCUCUGGACAUAUAUCCAUUUCGUGGGCUGAACUACGAUCAUCGUUUGAAAAUUGUGCGGGAGGGAAGUGUCCAGGCUCAAGCUGAGCUACUGGGGAUUAUGAAGGACUUGGGACAGUCCUGGUGGGUACGAUAUGAAGAGCCCAUCCGUCUUUACUGUGACAGGAUAAUCGAUAAUUCUGGUCCCCUUAGGUGCUCCUGUGAAGCCUGA